AUGAUACUGCUAGGAACCUACUUUACUGGGCAAGUGCCCUUUCACCAAGUAUUAUUUCAUGGGCUAAUUCGGGACAAAUAUGGCAAAAAAAUGUCCAAAUCUUUAGGAAAUGGUGUCGAACCUGAACUCUUGAUUGAAAAAUAUGGCUGCGAUAGUUUACGACUUUUUUUCCUAGAAAAUAAUAUUUGGGGUUCAGAUUUAGUUUACCAAAAAGAAAAAGUUAUUAGCAGUUGGCGUUUUUGUCAAAAACUUUGGAGCAUUGCCAAUUUGAUAAAAAGUAAAAUACCUGCCACCGAAUUACGGAAAAUCCAGAAAAAGGAAUUAGAAAGCAUAUAA